AGCCCAGCCGGCCGCGGGGCGCGCGAGCCGGGACCCAUGGCGACGUCCCGCGCUGCCCGCGCCCUCCUCCUCCUCCUUCUCCUGCUCUGCCUGCCCGCGCUGCGGCGAGGGGCGCGGGGCGGCGGGCAGCGGCCGCGGGGCUGUCCUGCGCCGUGCCGCUGCGAGCAGGAGGGCAUGCUGCUGCGCGCCGACUGCUCCGACCUGGGGCUGACGGCCGUGCCCGCCAACCUCAGCGCCUUCACCUCCUACCUUGAUCUCAGUAUGAACAACAUUACUAAGCUGCCCUCGAACCCCGUGCACAAUCUCCGCUUCCUGGAAGAGCUACGUCUUGCAGGAAAUGGCUUGACAUACAUUCCUAAGGGAGCAUUUGCUGGCCUUUUCAGUCUUAAAGUGCUAAUGCUGCAGAAUAACCAACUACGCCAGGUUCCUACUGAAGCACUCCAGAACUUGCGCAGCCUGCAGUCUCUACGCCUGGAUGCCAACCACAUCAACUAUGUGCCCCCCAACUGCUUCAAUGGCUUGGUCUCCCUUAGGCACCUGUGGCUAGACGAUAAUUCCUUGACAGAAAUACCCAUCCAAGCUUUUAGAAGCUUACCAGCACUUCAGGCAAUGACACUGGCACUGAAUAAAAUUCAUUACAUACCGGACUAUGCUUUUGGAAACCUCUCCAGUUUGGUAGUUUUACAUCUCCAUAACAAUAGAAUCUACUCCCUGGGAAAGAAAUGCUUUGAUGGGCUCCACAGCCUAGAGACUCUAGAUUUAAAUUACAACAGUCUGGACGAGUUCCCCACUGCUAUCAGGACACUAACAAACCUAAAAGAACUAGGAUUUCAUAGCAACAACAUCAAGUCGAUACCCGAGCGUGCGUUUGUAGGUAAUCCAUCACUUAUUACAAUACAUUUUUAUGAUAACCCCAUCCAGCUUGUUGGAAAAUCUGCUUUUCAAAACUUACCAGAACUCAGAACUCUGACUUUAAAUGGUGCCUCACAGAUAACAGAGUUUCCUGAUCUGACUGGGACUACAAGUCUGGAGAGUUUGACACUCACAGGAGCACAGAUCACCUCUCUCCCCAGAUCAGCUUGUGACCAGCUACCUAACCUCCAAGUGCUAGAUCUGUCUUAUAAUCUGCUGGAAGAGUUACCCUGUUUUACUGCAUGUAAAAAGCUACAAAAAAUUGACUUGCAUCAUAAUGAAAUUGAUGAAAUCAAAGCAGACACAUUCCGGCAGCUGGCUUCUCUUCGUUCUCUGGAUUUAGCUUGGAACAAAAUUAAAAUUAUUCACCCCAAUGCCUUCUCCUCUUUACCAUCUCUGAUCAAACUGGAUGUGUCAUCCAACCUUUUGUCCUCUUUUCCUGUGACGGGGCUACAUGGUCUAACUCAUUUAAAAUUAACAGGAAAUCAUGCACUACAAAGUUUGAUAUCAUCUGACAAUUUUCCUGAACUCAAGGUCAUGGAAAUGCCAUAUGCUUAUCAGUGCUGUGCCUUUGGAGCUUGCGAGAGCCACUACAAAAUCUCCAGCCAAUGGAACAAAGAUGAGAAUAGCAGCACUGAUGAUUUUUCCAGGAAGGAUAUUGGGUUGUUACAAAUUCAAGAUGAGCGAGACUUUGAAGAUUUUCUUCUCGACUUUGAAGAAGAUUUGAAAGCUCAUCAUUCAGUGCAGUGUUCACCUUCUCCAGGUCCCUUCAAACCGUGUGAUCAUCUCUUUGGUAGCUGGCUUAUCAGAAUUGGAGUAUGGACCAUCGUCGGUUUGACCUUCGUUUGCAAUGCACUGGUGACAGCUACAGUCUUCAGAUCUCUGUUGUAUAUGUCCUCCAUAAAGCUUUUGAUUGGUCUAAUAGGUAUUGUAAACGCCUUAAUGGGUCUUUCCAGUGGAGUACUGGCUAGUGUGGAUGCAUCGACUUUUGGUAGCUUUGCUCAGUAUGGAGCACAGUGGGAAAGUGGAAUUGGUUGCCAAAUGACUGGUCUUCUCUCCAUUUUUGCUUCAGAAGCUUCCAUUUUCCUCCUUACCCUAGCUGCACUUGAGCGCGCAUUCUCUAUAAAGCAUGCUACAAAGUUUGAAACAAAAUCCUCUAUUGCUAGUGUAAAAAUUGCCAUUUUCUUUUGCUUUAUGUUGGCACUUGUCAUUGCAGUGAUACCUCUCCUCACUGGGAGUGAGUAUGGGGUUUCUCCACUUUGUUUGCCAUUACCAUUUGGAGAACCCACUGCUAUGGGCUACAUGGUAGCGCUAGUAUUGCUGAACUCACUUUGCUUCCUGGUAAUGACUAUUGCUUAUACAAAGCUCUAUUGCAGUUUAGAAAAAGGAGAACUGGACAAUAUUUGGGAUUGCUCUAUGGUCAAACAUAUAGCCUUGCUGCUUUUUACUAAUUGCAUUCUUUAUUGCCCUGUGGCCUUCUUGUCUUUUUCCUCCUUACUAAAUCUUACCUUUAUCAGCCCAGAAGUGAUAAAGUCCAUACUGCUGGUGAUUGUCCCACUGCCUGCGUGUCUAAACCCACUCCUUUAUAUAUUGUUCAAUCCACACUUCAAGGAGGACUUGGGAAGUUUGUGAAAGCAAACUCUGCUAUGGAGGAGGCCAAAACAUGCUAGUCUGAUCUCUGUGAAUUCAGAAGACAUAGAAAAACAAUCUUGUGACUCAACGCAAGCACUGGUAACCUUCACAAGUGCUAGCAUAUCAUAUGACAUGCCUACCAGCAAUUCACUCAUGCCAUCGUCUUAUCAAAUGACAGAAAGCUGCAAUAUUUCAUCCGUAGCAUUUGUUCCAUGUCGCUAGUUUCAGUGGCAGUGCAGAAAAUAUGUAUGUUUACAAAUUUUUUUUAACCCAAAAGUAAGUAUGGGUGUGUGUUUUCAAGCUAGAGAUUGCCUCUGAAUUACUGUUACAUGCAUCACAAAACAGAUGAUGACAAAACUUGCAGUAGGCUGAAAAUCCAGUAGUUUAGCCUUCUCAGCCAGUUUCAGAGCUGCUGGAAUGAAGAGAAAAUCUGAAAGCUGCAGCAGUUUCUGCAGUUGUAUUGGCAGUUCCCUUUCAAAGUAGCACUACUCAGAAAAGGCAGUUGGUCAAGAGCAAAAAUACUGUGCUGAAUUGGUAAGCUUUUUCUUCAGCACAUCUUCAACACAAACAUGGCACACUUUGUUUCAUGGGUUGGGUUUUUUGUUAUUUUUUCCUGUUUAAUAUAAUUUGGUCUUAAUAAUAGAUACUCAGUGCCGAGUCUGUUUUCAUAAGCAUCAGCAUAUGGCCCUCAUUCAGCAAGAUGUCUAAGUGGAAGAGUAGUCCUGUUGGAAAACCUAAAGGUUUUUGCAGAAUAUACUUCAAUUAAGCUCCAUGUUCAAUAGAGAAAGUUCAUUUAAUAGUUUACCUGCUGCUGGUUUUGGUUUUUCAAAAGUUGUCUGACAUGACAAAGUAUUUUAAUUGCCAGAAAAAUCUACAGAAUUAUUAUAUAGUAUAAAAGCAGUUAAUCAAAAUCCUGCUAAGCACUUAAAAUGGAAUCAUAAACAGCAAGCCAUUGCUACAUUAAUAUUUUUUUCCUACAGUUCUGCACAAUCUGGUCGUGAAUUACCAGCAUGCCAGUAGAACUACUAAUGAUAAAACUGACAGUUGAGAGACUCAUAGAAUUUGAGAGAGAAAUACUACAUGAAAGGUCAUGAAUACAGGCAGACUGGUGUGUUGAGUACAAGUAAAUGACACGAAAGGCACUCACAUGAAAGCACUGAUGUAAGGUCAUUUGUGUAGGAAUGAAAAUGAUAGUCCUGCUCCAGGCAUUUCUAGAAAGCCUCUCAAGGUCAUUAGUUGAAGAUGUGGAGGUCACUGUGUCUUUUUGGCUAAUGAUAGAUAUGGGAAUACAAGGAGUGAAGGUUUUAUGGUCUGUGUUCUUAGCACUGGUGCGAGCACUACGGGAGUAUUUCAGACAUUUUUUGUAUUCACAUGCUGUAAAGAACAUUGGGGAAAUAAAACAUUUCAAUGUCACAAAUAUACUUUAAAAAAAAAAAAAAAAAAAAAAAAAGCUUGUCAAAUAAGCAGCUUGAUCACAGUUUGUGAGCAGCUACUUCUGGAAAACAGAAGUUUGAGGGAAAGGACUAAGUCAGGAGGAGAAGAAUCUGGUAAGAUCCCAUGGAGGUUGAUGCUAGGUGUGUAUACACAGCAUAAAAAUAAAGGUGUGAAUUGCUGACGUUAACAGUCACUACCAAGUAGAACAACUUGCCAUGGCUUGGAGUGAAAACUCACCAAGUAAGUUCAAAUUGGAUACAUUGCCAAAAAAGGUUUUGGAGCAGCUAUUGGAAUUCAGGGAUGCCUGAUGGCAUUAGUUUAGGAGCUGGUUAGGUUAGAUUAACAUAGAGUACCUCUCUUGAUUGUAAUCUAUUAAUACUUUGCUGAAUCAUGAUGUGUACAUUGUGAGAAGACUUCAGACCUUUUCCAAGUGUACAGAGCUCCCUUCCUUUGCCCAGAAGACAAGCAGUCUUUGACCUUGGCCAAGCCAUCAGAGGACCUUCCAAUCAUCUUUUCUUAGAGCUGGCAUAUUUUCACUCAAGUGAGUUGAUCAUUUAUGACACGGAAAUGCACAGAUUUGUUAAAAAUAGCUCCCUGAGGAAUAACCUUUAAUAGCCCAGUAAUCACUUUGCAGUUAAUGGCCACUCAACUUCUAGGUGAAUGAGACUAAUUUUUGAACAUUACCACAGUUAGGCUAGCCCUGUAAUUAAGAUAAUCAGUUACAGAUGGUCACUGUUGUUCAUCUGUUACUAUAUAUGCAACUUUCUGGGACUACAGGAUGGAUUUUCACAGUGAAGACUCUAUUGCCAACAAUGGAUAUGCUUUGGUUUUCUUGUCUACUCACACUGGCAUAUUUGUAGUUUUGCAGUUACAGAUGGCAUUAGUUGACUUUGGCUGACAUGUUCAUCCUUCAGGGAAAAAAAAAAUGAACCAAUGCUGAAAUUAUGUAUGAUAAAGUCAGCUGAGUACUUAUCUGAAUCCUUUAUCUCUUGUGGGUUUUGAAGCAGUGCAGCAUACAGCUGGGGAAUGAUGCCUGAAACCACUUUGAAUUAAACAGAGGAUCAGUCAACCAUUGCACAAUGCCUAUUACCGUGUUUACUUAGCUUUAAUUUAACUGGGGUCUGUCUGUGCUGCACUGCUUAAUGUCAGUGAAAUUCCUUUCAGCUCGCUAUAUUUAAGAAGUUUGUAAAGUGAUUUGAGAAUCAAAGUAAUGUUAUAAUUCUAAGGACUGGUUAAAGAAAGCUUCUUUUAUCAAAACUUUUUUAACUCGCAGAAAGUCCUAAAGGCUCCGUGUCUUAUUUUUAUAAGCAUGUUUGAAAUAUUUUGAUCAAAUAUUUUAAACUUGAAAUUGUUAAAAUUCAUUUAAUAGAUUUUAAAGUAAAAUUUGUAAAUAUAGAACUGUAUUUAUUAUUACAGUGAAAUGCAACUCCACUAUAGGACGUGAGAUUAAGCCCUGUACAGUUUCGUAUUGAUAUUUGCUAUAUUUUCUGCUCAGAUAUAUUGCUAAAUUCAUUAUCUGUAAAUAAUAUAAUGUAAAUGUGUAGUGAUUGUAAAUAGAUGAUGUGCUUUCUUUUCUACCUGUGUUCCAAACGUAUGUCAGUUGUAAUAAAAUGUGACUACACAGUAAAGAGCAUUUAAUCAGGGCUUAACA